CAAGCUCUCUUUUUUGAAUUCCCAUUCGACCAUGUUACCUUGAAAUUCACUCGUUGCUCUUCAUAUUCUUCUAUUAACACCAUAAAUUACGCUCAGACUGUGUGAUUAAGUUACAUAAUUAGCAAAAUGGCUGCUAAACGGGUCGUUGUCGCGGGUGGUAAUGGUUUCUUGGGUUCACGGAUCUGCAAGUCUGCCGUCGCUCGGGGCUGGUCGGUCACUUCACUCAGUCGCUCGGGCGAACCGCGGUGGGAGACCGUCACAGAUUCGGUGAGUCGCCCGAGCUGGGCGAGCUCCGUCGAAUGGGCCAAGGCCGAUAUCCUCAAACCCGAGACAUACAAGGCUUUCCUGAACGGAGCCACGGCCGUGGUCCACAGCAUGGGCAUCCUACUCGAGGCGGAUUACAAAGGUGUGGUGCAGGGAAGGGAGCCGAUCCUUAGUGGCUUACAAAGGGCCUUCAGCGCCUCGAGGCCUGGCGGUCAGGAUCUUCGGGAGAGACGAGAGGGUGAGCCUCUUGAGGUCCGGGACCGCAGCGGGCAGUUUACAUACGAGCUGAUGAACAGGGAUUCCGCUAUCGCCCUCGCUCAAGAGACACACCACGAGCGGGUUCCUACCUUUGUCUACAUUUCUGCUGCGUCGGGAGCACCGGUCCUUCCCAGUCGGUACGUCACAACUAAGAGAGAGGCGGAAGCAAUCAUAGCGGCGCAGCUACCGGAACUUCGAAAUGUGUUCGUGCAGGCACCCUUUAUGUACGACGAGAGUAGAAAGUUCACUCUGCCGAUUGCACUCGGUGGCUUUGUCGGAUCUCAGGUCAAUGCUCUGCUGGGAAAUAAGCUUGAUUUUCUCGGCUCUAUGGUAACCAAGCCACUCAAGGUGGACGACGUAGGCGAGGCUGUGGCAGAGGCCCUCGAAGAUGAGGCUGUUCGCGGAGCAUUGGGUGUACAAAAAAUUGAAGCCCUAGCGACGAAGGCUUGGAGAAGAAGCAUGCUUUGAGCAUUGGUUGAAUCAAACAGUAUGUCUAGAUUUCGAUUUCUUUAACUUGAUGCUAAAAAUGGCACAGGAUGAUAAAGAGCCCCUGUGUGCAACAAGCCCUUAGCAACAUUGAGGGA